UGUUUAGGAAUGGGGUGUGGCCCGUGUGGGCCAUUACCACAUGAAUUUUUGCUGGAAAUCUGGGGGUCAUUGUUGUACAAAUUUGUGGUGGAUCUACCACAUGAAUUUUUGAUUGAUUCUGAGGGUCAUUGUUGUACGAAUUUGUGGUGGAUCUAAUAUCUUCGUGUUCUUCAUCAAAAAUCAGAAAUUCCCUAAUUAAGAUUUCAAUCAAUGGAUAGAAUCAGGAAUAUUAGCAAAUAUAUUUACGAUGAUGCAAUAUCACAUGGAUCCUUAGAAUCACGGCACCCAAUAGAAUCCUGCGCAUUCCAGUUGCAGAGCUGGAAACCUUUUCAGCUUCCCACUGGCAAAACCCUAGAAUCCGAUUCUGUUAAACCCUACUCCGGUGCCGGUUAUACUGGGCCGCAAGGUAAGCGACCCUGCCGCUCCGACCGAACUACGUCGUUUUCCAUUGGUGCCAUCCUUGAUAUGUCGAAGCUCAGCCUUUUUGACGAUGAUAGGCCACUUACGGCCGCUCAUAAGCGGUGGUUUGCUCGGAAGCGUCGCCGUAGGGGGUCGAGGUCUCUGUCGGGGAGAAGCAGCGAUCGGAGCGGGACUCGCCGGAGGUGCUGCUCGGUUGGGACAUCGAGGGCGUAUGGAACUGCUUCAGAUUACCCUAUGGUGGCGGGAGGGACGGAUUCGAGUGGAGAGCUGUUUGUGAACGGUGGAGGGGAUGCGAAUUGGGCAUCUGAUGUGAGUGAGGCAGCAAGGAAUCCGAGGAGAGAGAGGGAGAGCAAUGGGAGUGGCGAGAGGGAGAAUGUGAAUAGUGUGCAUGGCCAAUUAGGUCAGUUUGAUAACCAGGGAAACGAGUCUGGAUACGGGAGUGAGCCAGGGUAUCGGGGUGAUGUGGAGUUUGGAUAUGGCGAUGAAGUUGAUGAGGAAGAAGACGAUUCGAGGCUCUUGUUUUGGGGUGAAGAAUUUGAAGAAUCUGGUUCGAAAACGGAGAGGGUUAGUCAGAACUCAUUGCAGAAAGCCCAUCACCGGUGUCGGCGUAAGAAACAAAUUUGAGAAUGGUCGAUCCAUUAAGGGUUACAUUUUGUGAUUGUGGAGUCGUCGCUUUUUUCUUCUUUUGGUACAUCGGAAAGUAAAAAAGAAAAAGUAGCAGACACAUGAUGCAGAUUCUGGCUUUUGAUAAGCUCUUCCAGUUGGAUUCCAUGUACAUUAAAAGCAGAUAAAGGAUUUUCAUGCUGCAAAUUAGUAUUCUCCUAAAAACGCUUUCCCAAUUUGUAUUUGGAUUGAUUCUUGGGUAUGGAAAAAUGAUUUACGAGUUCUAAUGUAUAUUUUCUUCCGUGAUGA